AAAGAAACACAGAUCCCGUAAGCUUGGUCAGCUUACCAGUACAUUUGUUUUUUAAUCCUGCAGCUCUUAAAAUCCUUAAAAUUAAUUAAAAAAUGUCUCACGGGGGCUCAUCUAAGCGCGAUUACCACAAAGUGGAUCACUCCUUGAGAGUUCGUGAUAACCUCCAACGUAUUGAAUCAAUGAUAAACAGCAGGAAGCAGGAGCAUAUGAUGGAACUCAUUGCAGAGAUCUUCUGUGAGAAGCCACCACGAGACAUUGAUGUGAGGAAGGCACAGACACAGCUUCUUCCCGCGACGCUUUCCUUGAUUCAGGAACUUCAGCUAGUGGUUCUUCUCUGUGAAUACUUCCAAUCUCCCGGGCCUGAAGCUACGCGGAAUGCCAUGUUUCUCUCCCUUUUUGCCAGCCCAACAUCCAUCACGCGGAUCAAUGUGCUUGUGAAGCUUGUCAGCACGUCCGUGUCUGCGUUAAUUGCACCCAUUCUUUGCGCCGCGGGUACAUGGAUGCAACAGCUGGGCUGCACAUCACAACCCAGCUUAGAUUUGGCACAGAAACUCGUCACGGAUUUCAUUGUGUUCGCCCAGAAGGCCUCGGAGCAGCUAAAGUACCUUCCACAGGUUGCUUCACGCUUCACGGCGAACCUGAUAACAGCCGUGGCGGAACUGUACCUCAACGAUAUGCACGACAGUGCGGCCGUUCCGCCGGCUAUCCUCCUGGACACAUUCACAGAGUGGGUAUCAAGUAACCCCGAACUCUGUCUUGCUUCCCAGAAGCCUCUUGUACUACCAUCAGGUGCCAUUGCAAUGCCUGUACUCACCCCACUGGCGGGACUUAUCCGGUGGUGCGUUGUGGCACCUUUGAUGGAUCCCAACAAGUCGUACAGUCGUCUGCAUUUGGCCAUCAUUCAAUCAAUGCAACAGACUCCACCACCCACGGGACCGCCCACGAUCAUCAAUGCUCAGCACCUCUGUCUCAUUGUGGCCACACUUGAGGGGAAGUAUAUGCAACUCAGGAAGCCUGAGAAUGCCUCCAAGGCAAAUGAUGAGCGUCUGCAGCUGUGCCUGGAACGCUUUGCGCAAGCUGUUCAGGUGGCUCUCAGUUCCAGUUGCGUUUAUGGCAGCAUUCCACAGCUCCUGUGCCGCCUCGAAGCGCUCCCACCCUGUACACUCAUGCAAAUGGUCAUCAAGAGCAAUCGAAUCACAUGACGAGGACCUUUCUGGGAGGAAUAAAGUUAAAAAAAAAAAAACAAAUAAAAGCUCCUUUUAUUCACUCAAGAAGAAUCGGAGUAUAUUGU